AUGUAUCUUUCAUAUCUUCUCAUCACAGGAAUACUACCGCUGGUUUCGGGCAUUCCGACAUGUCCUUUUGGCCUGCCUUGCUCUUUCAAGCUCCCAACAUCUCUAAGCGACUUGACACUAAAGUUGAAACCCAACCAUUUCACAUGGCAGCCGGCCGGUCCUGGCGAUGUCCGUUCGCCAUGCCCUAUGUUGAAUGCGCUCGCAAACCACGGUUUUCUUCCACAUGACGGCCGUCACAUCACAUUAGAUAUCCUGAAGAAGGCCCUCAACGAUGCCGCAAACAUCGGCGAAGACGUCGCGACUGGCGCUUUCACGCCGGGACUGACGACUAACCCGACUCCGAAUGCCGACUUCAUCGACUUGGACAUGCUGAACAAGCACAAUGUUAUUGAGCAUGAUGGGAGUUUAUCCCGCCGAGACGAAUAUUUCAACCCGACGAACCCAUUCGACGAAGGGACUUUUGAUCAGUUCCUGUCUUACUUUGGUGGCACCCAAACAUUAGACGUGCCAUCUAUCGCCAACGCUCGAGCUAGGCACGUGUCGGAAAUGAGCAAGAUCAAUCCAACCUUUGGCGUCGACAAAUCAGCAUUGGGCCGAAUGGCUGGCGAGAGCGCCUUCAUACUGACGGUCUUGGGAAGCCCGGAUCAGCCGGUUGCCAAAAGAUCCUAUGUUGAGUAUUUCUUCAGAAAUGAACGGUUACCCGUUCUGCUUGGCUGGACUCCAAAUGAUACGACACUCACGCUGGCUACGCUUUUGCAGAUCGCUCAAGACGUCAUUGCCAAUAGCCCUGCCGAUGUUCCAUUGACGUUUUGA